CCACUAUCUCCAGUAAACUGUAAAGUGUCAAGGGUGACCUAAUCCAGAAACUUAUUAUGGAAAGCUUUUGAAAUUCAAAUCCUCAAAAGUGGAGCCCACCUUAUAAUAAUGCGACAAUAGACUGUGGAGACGCCACCAUUUUCAUCUUCCCCGAGUUCUGUUCUCUCCUCCGAUCCUGCUAGAAACGCAUAAACAGAGAAAGAAAAUGGUGAUGUCGAAUAAGGUUUUGGCGUACGAGGAAAGCCGGCAGAAACGGCUGGAAGAAAACAAGAAGAGGAUGGAAGAACUCAACCUAAACAAGCUCGCUCAAGCUCUCCGAAACUCCCCCAAACCCUCCCCGAUGAAGAAGACGAAGCCGCGGGCUAAGCAGCCGGUGGAGCUCACCGCUGUGAGAAGGUCCAGCCGCGUCGCCGAUAAGCCUGCUCCUAAUUAUAAAGAAAUGGGACUUGAGACUUUGCGAAUUGGAAGGAGGAGUUAUGGAAGAAGAGACUUGUUAAACCGGGUUUAUGCGUCCGAUGGAAAUAGAUUAGAUGCUAUACAAAGAGCAGAAGACUUGGAAGCAGGGUUGGAUAAUCAAUUCCCAAGCUUUAUUAAACCUAUGCUUCAGUCACAUGUCACAGGUGGCUUUUGGCUGGGACUACCUGUUCAGUUCUGCAAGGCUCAUCUUCCAAAGCAUGAUGAGAUGAUCACUCUGGUAGAUGAAAAUGGCGACGAAAGUGAUACAAAAUACCUGGCUAUGAAGACAGGGCUGAGUGGUGGAUGGAGGGGUUUUGCUCUAGACCAUGAAUUGGUUGAUGGUGAUGCACUGGUUUUUCAGUUGAUUGAACCGACCAGGUUUAAGGUUUACAUCAUUAGGGUAAAUGAAGCAGAAGAAAAGGGUGCAGAGUAGUGUUGUGUAGCCGUAGGAACCAAAUGUUAAGGCUCGAUUGUAGGGAGCGUAUCCCCUUUUGUAAUGAUAUUAGUUUGAUUUGGAAACAAGAGAACUCGCUUGAACUUUGAAUGUACUUCAACUUUUGUUGUAGAAAGAAAUCUUAUUUAUUUAUUGUG